GGAAGUCCGGGAUUCGCUCCUGUCUCCCACAUUCCUGGAUAAACACACCACAUCACUUAGUUUAGUGCAAACACUCACUGGAGAAGUUCGUUUUCGUGGCAGCUCUGCGAUUUUCGUUGAACUUUUUAUCUUUCAACCUGCAACACCUCUCAAACUCUUCGGGUUUUCGUGCGCAAUGGCUGGUGGCUCAGUGCGUCGGUCUCCUCGCGUCCGCAUGGAGGGACUCGGGAUACUUGGCUGAAGGAAAGAAAGAGAGACACAGACAAGUGCCGCGCAGCCGACACUGACGACCCUCUGAUUGCUGCAGCCUCUUUCCAUGAGACACCUUUACCUUUCUCAUUUUGGGGAUCUAUUCCGGAGUCGGUGAGACCGCGCGUCACUGUCUGACUCAACGAUGUGCUCCAGUGGCAAAACCUGUGUGUUCCUGCUCCUGCUCAAAAGUGUCCUGUCGGACCCGGGAAGCACAAACCAAGUGGUUCUGUUGGACACUACAACAGUGCUAGGAGAAUUGGACUGGAAGACCUAUCCUGUCAAUGGGUGGGAUGCCAUCACAGAGAUGGACGAGCAGAACAGACCUAUUCACACCUUCCAGGUUUGCCACGUAAUGGAGCCAAACCAGAACAACUGGCUACGGUCUGGGUGGAUCCAACGGCAAGCUGCACAGAGGGUAUAUGUGGAGCUGCGCUUCACACUGAGAGACUGCAACUCCAUCCCCUGGGUGUCUGGCACCUGCAAGGAAACCUUCAACCUCUUUUAUCUGCAGUCAGAUGAACCACUCCCUGCGGGGACACGGUUUCGGCCUAUUGACUAUGCCAAGGUGGACACCAUCGCAGCAGAUGAGAGUUUUACACAGACCGAUCUUGGAGACCGUGUGCUUCGCCUGAAUACGGAGGUCAGGGAGGUGGGGCCGGUGACUCAGAAGGGCUUCUACUUGGCAUUCCAGGAUGUGGGGGCUUGUAUUGCUCUUGUGUCUGUCAAGGUCUUCUACAAACGCUGCCCAUCGACUCUGAGGAACCUGGCAGCGUUUCCUGACACAGUGCCGCAUAUGGACUCGUCCUCCCUGGUGGAAGUGAGGGGUGCAUGUGUGGAGAAUGCAGAAGAAAGGGACACACCCAAGUUGUACUGUGGUGCUGAUGGCGACUGGCUGGUACCAUUGGGCCGCUGUGUCUGUAGUAUUGGCCACGAGGAAACGGACGGCCACUGCCAGGCUUGUAGGCCUGGCUACUUCAAGGCAUAUGCGGGGAACACAAAGUGCUCCAAGUGUCCUUCACAUAGCUCCAGCCAUGACCAGGCCGCCACUAUGUGUCACUGUGAUAAAGGCUUCUACAGGGCUGUCAAAGACCCCUCCACCAUGGCUUGUACAAGGCCUCCGUCAGCUCCCAGGAACCUGGUCUCGUUGAUCAAUGACACGGCCCUCUUCUUGCAGUGGAUGCCUCCCAGUGAUACAGGGGGCAGGAAGGACGUCACAUACAACAUCCUGUGCCAGCGCUGCGAUGGAAGUGAAGGCGACAGUGGUGUGACUCCGUGUGAGCCAUGCGAGCCAGAACUGCGGUUCAUCCCACGUCCGCUUGGUCUGACUGGUACCUCUGUGGCAAUUUUAGACUUCGCAAUGCACACAAACUACACGUUCCACGUAGAGGCCAUGAACGGCGUAGCCGGGCUGAGUUUAGCCGCACGCUCGCUGGCGAACGUCACCGUCAACACACAACAAGCUGGUCCUGCUCUGGUUGGUGUAGUCAGAAAAGACUGGGCCUCUCAAAACAGCAUCGCCCUCUCCUGGUCAGAAGUGGAACUGCCCCCUUCAGACAUCGUGGACUAUGAGCUCAAAUACUUUGAGAAGGACCAAGAGCAGCUGAGCUACUCAUCAACACGGACGAAAUCCCCCAGCGUGGUGGUUACGGGCCUCAGACCCUCGACUGUCUACGUCUUCCAUGUGCGGGCUCGCACCGCUGCUGGCUACACUGCUUACAGCACCAACUUUGAGUUUGCUACUGCAGCUGAGGAUCCUGAUGUCGCCGAUCAGGGUCAGGUUCUGGUGGUCGCCACAGCGUCUGUUGGAGGUUUCUCCCUCUUGGUCAUCCUCACCCUCUUCCUCCUCAUCACUGGACGGUGUCAAGGCUACAUAAAAGCCAGGAUGAAGUCAGAGGAGAAGAGGAGGACUCGCUUCCACAGUGGACAUGUCCCAUUUUCUGGGAUAAAGACCUAUGUGGAUCCAGAUCUGUAUGAAGACCCCACUCAGGCUGUGGAGGAAUUUGCCAAAGAGAUAGACCCCUCGUAUAUCUGCAUUGAAAGGGUGAUCGGUGCAGGUGAGUUUGGAGAAGUGUGUAGUGGCCGUUUGCGAGUACCCGGAAGGAUGGACAUCGCUGUGGCAAUAAAGACACUCAAGGGCGGCUACAUGGAGCAACAGAGGCGAGACUUUUUGCGUGAGGCCUUGAUCAUGGGACAGUUCAACAACCCCAACAUCAUCAGGCUGGAGGGAGUAGUCACCAAGAGCAGACCAGUAAUGAUAGUGGUGGAGUACAUGGAAAAUGGAGCACUUGACUCUUUUCUCCGGACUCGUGACGGUCAGUUCACUGUGCUGCAGCUGGUUGGCAUGCUGCACGGCAUUGCAGUAGGCAUGAGCUACCUUUCGGAUAUGGGUUACGUUCACAGAGACCUUGCCGCCCGCAACAUCCUGGUGGAUGAAAGCCUGGUGUGUAAAGUGUCCGAUUUUGGGAUGUCCAGAGUCCUCGAAGAGGAGAGCGAAGCGGCCUACACUGCAACAGGAGGAAAGAUACCGAUACGCUGGACGGCGCCAGAGGCUAUCGCUUAUGGAAAGUUUUCGUCAGCUAGUGAUGUGUGGAGCUACGGCAUUGUCAUGUGGGAAGUGAUGUCAUAUGGCGAGAGGCCCUACUGGGAGAUGUCCAAUCAAGAUGUCAUUUUAUCAAUUGAAGAGGGCUACCGUCUACCAGCACCAAUGGGCUGCCCUGUGACCCUUCACCAGUUGAUGCUGCACUGCUGGCAGAAGGAGUCGAGCCAGCGCCCACGCUUCAGCGACGUGCUCUCCUUCCUCGACAAACUCAUAAUUAAUCCCAGUAGUCUGAUGACUCUGGUGAAUGAUGUUCAAAGUUUCCCUGACUCCCCAGAGGACAUGCCAGACUACCCCCUGUUCAUCUCUAUCGGCGACUGGCUUGACUCCAUCAAAAUGAGUCAGUAUAAGAACAACUUCCUUGCAGCAGGAUACACAACACUGGAUUCCAUUUCAACCAUGAGUAUAGACGACAUCAGGCGCAUUGGGAUCUGUUUGAUUGGUCACCAGAGGAGAAUCAUAAGCAGCAUACAGUCCCUGCGCCUGCAGCUUCACCACAUCCAACACAGCGGCUUUCAAGUGUGAGAACACUGCACAAAGACAGACUGUGUGUACACACUGAGCUGGGGAGAAAAAAAGACAGACUUCCAACACCAGACUUUUAGGUGUAGCAGAUAACACGUGCUGCUCAUGAGAGAGCAGCCCGCCACUAAACCACAUCUGGUCCGGUUAUAACACACUCAUCAACUUGUGGGUCAUUAUCAAAACAGCCUCCACAACAACUAACCUCUGUCUGCGUUGGCCAAAUGCAAUCUCUGUAUUAUCUCAGCAAAUACUAUCAUUCACUUGAAUUCAGGACUUCUUUUCUCCAGUGUCUAGUUCAAGUGUCCACCAAUACCUCUUCUCUUUUCCAAGUGACAAUCCAACGGUUUCUAUGGACUUUGAAUGGUCUUGAGGCGGUUACUGCAUGUCAAGAGAAGAUGUGGAUAUAAUAUGGUAACAUAUGGCACAGCGUGUGAUUUCGAUUGCAAGCUUUCCGGCUGUUUUAUGAUUCAAUUCACCAGAAAUAAAGAUUUACAGAAGAGGUACAUACAAUCAUGUUUUUUUGAACUGAAGACCGCUGAAUGUCAAAAGAUUUUAUAGAAAUGUAUGUUCUAUCCUCAUGAUAAUGCAGUAUGUCUUGUACAAAGAGUCUUGUGAAAGUUGUAUGUUUUAUCCAAUAUGUUUGUUCCUUAAUAAAACAAGCCUAUUUUAA